UCAACUUGGCGCGAAGUGGUCGUCUCCACCACCCUUUUUCGGUGGCGGUGCACACAGAACUGCCUCGUCUUGCCUCCCAUUGGCAGAUUGAUCGGUUGUUGUCUGUUGUUAAGGCCGCAUGUCGAAUACGGCAACGUCAUUGGUAGACAUUCGGAACUGCUUUCGUGGCGGCAUGGGAACUGGAGGACGCAGCCAAGUUUAGUGCUCCUCCGCGUGUCCACUCUUCACGCCAGGCCGCCUCUAAAUCUGUCCGAAACUGUGGCCCGGAGGCGGCAAUCCGAGAGCAACUGUACUCAACCCAGGUUGGUUGAGGUGUUCUCUGCUCGGAUAAGCAAGGUUUCUCACAAUCGAAUUGAGGGGCUUCGGGAUAGCAUCGCCUCCAAACGGGCUAUCAGAUCUCAGCUCGACUGGACUGAAGUGGACUGGACGACAGUUUUGGUCUUACAUCGUCGUCUUUCAUCAGCACUCAACGGGGUUGCAUACAGAGUCUUGGAGAUGAUGGCAAUGCCAUCACUCCACUUCACGUCACUUCGCUUCGCUUCACUUCACUUGACUUCAGUCUACCCGAAUCCACUCCACUCCACUACUCGACCAGCAGCACGUGUAUCUGCACAAGCCCCAACAGGUUUACGCAUAAAUAUUGGCAGAAUAGAUGAGGCCCUAAUUAUGCUUUUUUCCCAUUGUCAAUAA